CGUCAGGGUUGCAAUGAAUGGUCUGUCCUUAUGGGGGCGCCGCUCGAUGUCGGCUGUCAUCUUUGCUUCUUUCGGACGUCAGUUUGAUUCAUUUAUGCCAGUAAGUUACAUUGGUAAGUUAUAUAUAUUCACUACUUUGUACUUCUGAUUGGGGGCUGGGCUAAGUAAGCAUCGCAACAUUUAAACCUUUCAUUCGAUGCUGCCUUCUAGCCAUAGGUCUGGUGGUAUUUGAUCAUUGUAUAGUAAAAUGUUCACCGAAAACAACACUGUACGGUACUGGCAAUAACUCUUACAAGAAGAAAGACUGUUUACGGUAUAAGCACAGUUUACUGUAUUGUGUAUAAUUUGACAAUAUUUGAUUCCGUAAAGUUUUGCGGUUGUAGCUGCAUUUCGGCAACAGGUUGUGGGUGUGUCGCUGCACGGAGGACCGUCCCCUUGUCAGCCGAAGGGGGCGGACAGGCUGACGGCGGCUCUUCUGGGGCCGCACCCUACCGGCCUACAGUACCUUCCAGUGCAAAGCGGGAGCCGAGCUAUCGCCGCCCGGUCGGACUUGGAUCCGCGACGCCGGUCUCGGUGCGAUCAGGAAGCGCGUGAACCGGCCCGGACGGACCAGCGUCAGGGUGCCGCAGCAGCUCGCGCUUGGCACCCGUGUGCGCGCGCAGCCCGGCGCGUGAACGUCGCAUAAUAUGCCGAAGUUUGCUGACAGUUCGAUGUGGACAGUGAGUUUACUAGUUAGGUGUUAAACUUCACUCAUUGUGUCAUUACCGUGGACCUGCAGUCCUGCUGAGCGAAGGAAACGCCACGUUAAAAUGGCACCGAAGGACAGGUAAAUGUUUCAAGGCAUGGGGAGUGUUAACUUUAUCUGAAGGGCUGGAGCUUCAGUAAGUUUGCUUUCUGCUUUGAGUCCCUGACGCUUUUCCCGGAACCAUGGGCAAUGGGCUUUCAGAACACAGCAUUUUUUCGAAUCUUCAGUUUCAUUCUCUUCACAUCGCCAUUCUGGGACUCGACUGUGCUGGGAAAACCACAGUAUUGUACCGGCUGCAGUUCAACGAGUUUUUGAACACUGUGCCCACGAAGGGAUUUAACGCGGAAAAGGUGAAAGUGACACUGGGAAGGUCCAGAUCGGUGACAUUCCACUUCUGGGACGUGGGUGGGCAGGAGAAGCUACGUCCCUUGUGGAAGUCGUACACGCGGGGCACAGAUGGCAUCGUCUUUGUCGUGGACUCGGUGGACGCCGAGCGCAUGGAGGAGGCCCGGACGGAGCUGCACAAGAUCACCCGCCUUUCAGAGAACCUGGGUGUACCUGUGCUGGUGGUGGCCAACAAGCAGGACCUGAGGAACUCUCUAGCACUGGCGGAGAUCGAGAAGAUGCUGGCUCUGGGUGAGCUGGGGACGUCCCCCUGGUGCCUGCAGCCCACGUGCGCCAUCAUUGGCGAGGGCCUGAAAGAGGGCUUGGACCGCUUGUACGAAAUGAUCCUCAAGCGGCGGAAGUCGCUUCGGCAACAGACAAGGAAGAGGUGAUUCUGCAGUCGGGCGACGACGAGCAGAGCUGCUCACUCGCCACACGCGGCCUGCACCCUGCUGGGGCCUCUGGGAAUUACCGUGCGGUCGGCUCGCCUCGGCCACAAUACACUGAAUGUCACCUGAACUUGGGCUCCUGUCCUGAUUGGAAUCUCUAGGUCCAUUUGGACUGACAUUAGUCCAGAGGCUUGAGGGGGGCCAAAAAUGAUCAGUGCCUCAUAAGUCAGGGGGUGUUUCUUUUAAAAUAAAAGAAGCCUGAAGGUGAAUUAAUUUGAAAGAAAUGCCAGGAUGCAGAUAUUUUCUCCUGAAUAAGAACUUUGGUUUUAUAUAAAACUGACAAUGGCAUGAUUAGUGUUAGUUGGCAUCCUUUCAAUCUAUAAGUAGGUGGCAUCCUGUGAAAGAAAUGUUACAUUUCCAGGUUUUGUGCUUCAUGUUUUCCUUUUUUGUACAGUGGGGCACGAGGUGCCAUUAUAUUUGCACUGUCAUUCCAGAGACCUUCUGUAAAUGUAAUGCUCUUCUCAGUUUGGGUCACAAGCAGAACUUUCAGACAGGCUGAUUACACGACAUAGUUUCAUUCUACUGCUUUUCUGGAAUGAAAAUAAAUUGGCACAUGGUGGUCAGUAGGUUGCAGCUAACACUGGUAAUUUUCAUACUUUCGGUUCCUUACAUAGCGUGUAACGAGAGACAUCCUUUGUGUUGUUCAGCUUAAUUGUGUCGUCUUCCUGCAGCUCUCAUGUUUUUAUGUAUUCUGUCUUUUUCUUGCAAAUAAAGAUUCAGCGUGUAGCUGCUCCGGAUGAAACCUGCUCUCUUUUACAUUGCAGUCAUUUGCACUGCGGUCAUCUGAUCAUUGGAAGAAUAAUGUUUACUAUUUAUCUUGCUCUGAAAUUUAAUAAAAAGAACUUUACACCUAAA